GGGGCACAACCGAGAAAGCAGCGCCCACCGGGCUCCCCGGGGCAGGGCGGCCCCGAAUUGAGGGCAGGAUCACGCACCUCUGGCCCUGUGCGCAAGGCAUGUAGGGAGCCUUGGCCGGGUUGCCCCUGGGACUCAGACCCUGUCACGCUGAGUCGGAGGUCGCCAGGCCCUGGACUGCCUCGUCCUGGGUUCUCCCAUCGCUAGGAAUGUUUUACGGUAACAUUACUUGAGUUGAGAAGUUCCAUGCACAUCCUACGCCCCCAUUCGGACUGCUGGGGGGCUGACCACGCUUCGCCUGGGAGAAUCUCAGUCACUUGAAAAAAGGAAUCCAUUCACUCUCUACAAUUUCUAUGCCAUAUCUUAAUUAAAAUGUCAGAAGAAUACACCCUAAAAUUGGAGACCAGAGCUUUGGGGGCUGUGCAAAUCAUGAAUGGCAUGAUUUACUCUGCGUUGGGGUCUCUCUGUUAUGCAUUAUUUGUUGAAGAAGGGAACGGAAGAGAUACUGGUUAUGUGCCUGUCAUUGUUACACUAACUUACAUAUUUUUGUCACCACCAUUUUUCGUUAUGUCGGGCUCCUUCAGCAUACAAACACAGAAGCAUCCUACAAAAUACAAGCUUAUUUUUAGCCUGGUUAUGAACAUCAUAAGUGCCUGCUUGUCUGCACUUGGUAUACUUAUAUUAAGUAUUGCAAGUUUAACGUAUCAUCCAGAAGCCAAUGCAUACAAUUGGUCACAUUUAACUGGUGGUAUGCUUUUACAAUAUGUACUCUUCACCACCAUUGCAGAAGUGAUCUGUGCAUGCUUCAUUAUCAAAUGGAUUGGAGUAGCAAUACAUCAUCCAGAAUGCAGUGAAAUGAGCUGUACUGCCCCCAUCGAUCGCAGGUGAUGUGCACGGUCAAAGGCAUUGGUGAGUCUGCAGUUUUACAAACUUCCUUUAGCAUCUUCCCAUAAAAUGUAUGCCCUGAUUACUAUUAAUGGAAAAGGACAGUCCAAAUGAGGACGGACUCUGAGAAGUACUUUGCUGCCUGUCAUGAUGUCAGUUCUUGCACAUGGGCAUGCUUCCACACAUCCUGAAAAAGCACACUGCAGCAAUUCUUGGGCAAAGGAAGUACCACCCCAUCGUGGGAUUUCUGGGGAAGUUAUGAGCAUGUUCUUGUUUGUUGCUGUGAGUGAAGGAGAUGACGUGCAGAGAAAAGGAUUUAGAGAAAGAGAGCCAGGAAUGCUAGACUUUCUACAAUGCUCAGGACAGUCCCAGAUGAUGAUGAAUUGUCUCUCAUGACUUUUGAAUGUGCCACUAGCCAUUCAUGAAGAUAAACUCAUUUAUAAUUGUUUAAGAUCAGAGCUUAAUAAUCUGAACUUUCAGGAUUUAUCCUAUAUCAAAGCUUCCGGGAAUGUGGCCGCCGCAUACU